CGGCGCUCUUCGCAUCAAAAGCUCCGCUGCGGAGCCGAGAAAAUAUAUUUAAUUCCCAUUUCAAGUGCAGCUUGUGGGCAGGAAUUUCAAGUUUGUUUGUUUAAACCCCGAGUGCAAGUGAGGUGCAUAAAACACCAAGGAAAAGCAUAGAAAAUCAAAUGUUGAACUGCUAAGCGUGGAGAUUUAGUGCAUAGUUAGAGUGAAUUUAUAAGUUAGUUGAAACAAACAAAGAAAUGGAGACUGCAGCGAAUUCGGGCGACUCCAAAAAGCCUUUCAAAGUCAAGGACGUUACACGUAACAUUAAGAAGGCUGUCUGCGCCUCCAGUCUGGAGGAGAUUCGCAGCAAGGUGGCGGAGAAGUUCGAGAAGUGCGACCACCUGCCCACCAUCCACCUGGACUCCGACGGCACGGAGAUCGACGACGAGGAGUACUUCCGCACCCUCGACGAGAACACGGAACUGGUGGCUGUCUUCCCCGGAGAGCACUGGAUAGAUCCCACGCACUACGUGACCAUAACCACUCCGCAUGGCAACGAGGUGGGAACUGGAAACGGAGAUCCCAACGCCGGAGGCGAGGGAGACACCACCGAUGCCAACAACUCGGAGUCGGCUCGCAUCCGCCAGCUGGUGGGUCAGCUGCAGAACAACCUCUGCAACGUGUCCGUGAUGAACGAUGCCGACCUGGACUCGCUCUCCAACAUGGAUCCCAACUCGCUGGUGGACAUCACGGGAAAGGAGUUCAUGGAGCAGCUCAAGGAUGCGGGAAGACCACUUUGUGCCAAGCGGAAUGCCGAGGACCGCUUGAAUCUGCUGAAGUUGCUCAAGGCCGGAGCCAUUUUCUGCUCGGAACGCUAUCCGGAGGAUGCGGAGGCCAUCGACCGGGAGAUCGGACGCCAGCUGAACGAGGCGGAGAGUGGACAGAUGGGCACCACGACCACCAGUAAUACCCGCACCAUCGAGGUGGUGCAGUGCGACAAUCAGAACACGACGAUAACGAUCACGGUGGGCGAGGCCACCUCCACCUGCUCCGCGGCCAGUGGAGCCAUGGGAUCCUCCGCUGCCGAGGCGGCGGCCAAUGAGGCCAAUGCCAAUCCCAGCCGGAAUCCCAAUGCCAAUGGAGACAUCUGACUGCCCAUUUUGGGCAGCCUGAGGUGAAGUCUGCCGGCGGAGGAGUUGAAAUCAAAUUCGAAUUGAAAUUGAAAGUCAAAAUCGAAAUCAAAAUCAAAAUCAAGAUCCAUGAGGAUAUACCGACGACAUCAGUCCUGCAACAUUGGGUUAACAUAAAUCGUAUUUGUAGCAUGUAAUUAGGCGGUGCGAAAUCAGCGAACGGAACGAAGACAAAAUUAAGCGCAACAGAGUCAAAGAAGGAGAAUGCUUCAUAGUAUCUAAGAGCAAAUGAAAGUUAACGAACAAUACACGUACUAGAUUUAAACACCAAGGCAAGGAGGUCAAGGGGUCACGGCCCAAAAACAGAUCCGAGCAGUCUUUUAGCAAUCACAGUCAAACGAAACGUAUUUAACCGUAUAUACACAAGCCACACCACGCUGUACUAGAUGAAUAAUAAUCAAAGGUUAGCCAGUAAGUAUUAUAUUCGAGGUAGAACCCCCGGCGUAGGCAAAAACACCAGAGUGAAACCGCAUUGGAUGGAUAUGGAGAUAUGGAGAUGGAUAUUUCUAGAGUCCCUGGACACUGUUGAUUUGCUUGCCGUGUAAAUUGUGUUACGAUUAGUAGGUAGAAUGGAAACGCACAUCAAAAAUUGUUUUUAGACCAAUGCCAUUGUGAAUGUCAUUCGUUAAAGGCCAAUUGAGACUGACUGUAUUUAUGUGUAAUAGGUUUUUUCGUGGUUUUGAGCGGUUCGCCCCUCCCCGCCCCCCCGGAAUCUAUAGCCAAAUGAAUUUAAGUACCGGCAAACAUUGUUAGCAAAUUAAACAAUACAAAAAGAACACAAUAACGGAAAUUGCAAUUGCCCAAUUAAAGUUGUUAACUGUCUACAAUUCGAAUAAGCAAUAAGGGAAGUCGUAAACGAAAGCGAAAACCAAAACGCGAACAGAAAACAAUUAUUAAAUAUAGUGAAACGCAUACAGCAAAUACAAAAAAAAAAAGAAAAACCCCGAGGCAAACUAUAUACACGAAACCAACAAGUAAUAAAUAAAUGAAUAUUAAAGCAGA